UCCAUCACGUGCAGCCUGGAGGCCUCCCGUACUCGCCGAGCACUUGGCGAGGUUGGGGGGCGGGGCCCGGGAACUGCUGCGCCUGCGUUGUGGGCGUUCUCGGGGAGCAGCUGCCGUCGCCGCCAACGCCACUGCUGCGUUCUGGUGUAGAACCUGGAAUCCCUGCGUCUCGUUAACAAUGAAGCAGAGUUCGAACGUGCCAGCUUUCCUCAGCAAGCUGUGGACGCUUGUGGAGGAAACCCACACCAACGAAUUUAUCACCUGGAGCCAGAAUGGCCAAAGUUUUCUAGUUUUGGAUGAACAAAGAUUUGCAAAGGAAAUUCUUCCCAAAUACUUCAAGCACAAUAACAUGGCAAGCUUUGUGAGGCAACUGAACAUGUAUGGUUUCCGUAAAGUAGUGCAUAUUGACUCUGGAAUUGUAAAACAGGAACGAGAUGGUCCUGUUGAAUUUCAGCAUCCUUACUUCAAACAAGGCCAGGAUGACUUGUUGGAGAACAUUAAAAGGAAGGUUUCAUCUUCAAAACCCGAAGAAAAUAAAAUUCGUCAGGAAGAUUUAACAAAAAUUAUAAGUAGUGCUCAAAAGGUUCAAAUAAAACAAGAAACUAUUGAGUCCAGGCUUUCUGAAUUAAAAAGUGAGAAUGAGUCCCUUUGGAAGGAGGUGUCAGAGUUACGAGCAAAACAUGCACAACAGCAACAAGUUAUUCGAAAGAUUGUCCAGUUUAUUGUUACAUUGGUUCAGAAUAACCAGCUUGUGAGUUUAAAACGUAAAAGGCCUCUACUCCUAAACACUAAUGGAGCCCAAAAGAAGAAUCUGUUUCAGCACAUAGUCAAAGAACCAGCUGAUAAUCACCAUCAUAAAGUUCCACAUAGUAGGACUGAAGGUUUAAAAUCUAGGGAGCGGAUUUCAGAUGAUAUCAUUAUUUAUGAUGUUACCGAUGAUAAUGCAGAUGAAAAUAUUCCUGUUAUUCCAGAAACUAAUGAGGAUGUUAUAUCUGAUCCCUCCAACUGUAGUCAGUACCCUGAUAUUGUCAUUGUUGAAGAUGACAAUGAAGAUGAGUAUGCACCUGUCAUUCAGAGUGGAGAUCAGAAUGAACCAGCCAGAGAAACCCUAAGUUCUGGGAGUGAUGGCACUAGCCCUCUCAUGUCUAGUGCCGUCCAGCUCAAUGGUUCAUCCAGUCUGACUGCAGAAGAUCCUGUGACCAUGAUGGAUUCCAUUUUAAAUGAUAACAUCAAUCUUUUGGGAAAGGUGGAGCUGUUGGAUUAUCUUGACAGUAUUGAUUGCAGUUUAGAGGACUUCCAAGCCAUGCUGUCAGGAAGACAGUUUAGCAUAGAUCCAGAUCUCCUGGUUGAUUCCGAGAAUAAAGGAUUAGAAGCUACCAAGAACAAUGUAGUUCAGCCAGUCUCAGAAGAGGGAAGAAAAUCUAAACCUAAAACAGAUAAACAGCUUAUCCAGUACACGGCCUUUCCACUUCUUGCAUUCCUGGAUGGGAACCCUGCUUCUACUGUUGAACAGGGAAGCACAGCAUCAUCAGAAGUUAUGUCCUCUGUAGAUAAACCCAUAGAAGUUGAUGAGCUUCUGGAUAGCAGUCUGGACCCAGAACCAACCCAAAGUAAGCUUGUUCGUCUGGAACCAUUGACAGAAGCCGAAGCUAGUGAAGCCACACUGUUCUAUUUAUGUGAACUUGCUCCUGCACCUCUUGAUAGUGAUAUGCCACUUUUAGAUAGCUAAAUUUCCAAGAAGUGGACUCUACAUGUAUAUAUUCAUCAAAAUGAUGAACUAUUUAUUUUAAAGUAUUAUUUGGUACCUUUUUUGUAAAUUGCUUUCUUUUGUUGUUUAAUUGGAUACUGUGGACUCAAAAGCACCUUUUGCUUUUCUCAUUAACCACACACUCUUGCAAAGCUUUCAGAUGUUACUCAGCUAUGUAGGUACACAAGAUUUAAUGCACAUUAUUGACAUAUCUUUAAGUUGGAUUCAGAUGGGCAUUUUUCUCCAGUUGUAGUAAAUUUGAAUUAUUUUUUAUAUAUAUAUAUAUGCCCAUUAACCCCAGUUAUUAAACUUUUGUUUGUUUUACUUGUUUGAUGCUGUCUGUCUGCAUUGAGUGUAGUCACUAAAAUUAAUGGUAGAACUACUAAAGCUUUCUCUGUUCCAAUUACUUUACUAAGUAUUUUUCACUUGGCUUAUUUCUAAAACUGGGAACAUAAAGUGCCUGUAUCUUGUAAAACUUCAUUUGUCUCUCCUGGUUCAGAGAAAUCCAUUCAUGUUCAACAGGAAAGGCAGAGUAUACAUACAUGAGUGCUUGCUGUCUGAUAUGGUUCCAGUUUUGUCUACAUAGAAGAAGGGGAUGGGGAUGGCAUCAGCCCAGUCCACCUAGUUGGGCUAGUUUUAAGUACAAGUUUUUGGUUUGUUUUUUUGAACCAUAAUAUUUAGUAAAAUAAAUAUAAUGAAUGUUGCAUACUAGUGUCUGUUACGUGUUUUCUUUGGAGGUGACACUCACCUGAGUUACACCAUGAUCUUUGUGCCUCAUCCCAAAAGAUAGACUGUGUAUUGCUGUAAGGGAAAGUAUAAAGUUUCUAAACUUAAUGUUUUAUAUUUCUCUGUUCAAAAAUUAUAGUGGCUUUCUUACUAUGUUUCUAAUAAAGAACUAAGAG